AUGGAGGAGGCGGCCGUGAACGCGAACGCAGCCAGAGAAUGCCGCGAGGACGAGGCGGAGGAAGGGGAGUGGCUGCAGCAUCCGCACGCCGCAGGCGGUGGAGAGACUUCGGCUCUGACGCGAGCCGUCGCCGCGGCGUGCGCGAACAUGGACCCCUCUGCGCUGGUGGACGUGCUGCGCCUCAGCGGCAGGAGCUCCCUCCGCGCGUUCCUCCCGGUGCUGCUCGGCGCCCCGGACCCCCACGCCCUCCUCGUCCGCGCCGUCGGCGGCUUCUUGGACUUGGCCUCAGCGCCAUUGGGGCGCGACACGAGCGAGUGGUGGGCAAACUGCGUCGCGCUGAUCGAAUGCGCGCCCCGCCUCGUCGCGCCGUCGCCGGACGCGCUGGCGCAGGCAAAGCGCCUGGCGGGGCACUGGAAGGAGAUGGUGGUCGCGGGGCCUGCGGGUGCGGGUGGCAGGGACAUCGGCGGGAUGGCCGGAUGGGGCCUUCUCACCUUCAUUGCUUCCUACAGCAUUGCCCCGGAGUUCGAUGCUGAUGAGAUCAUCCGUCUCUUCGACAAUAUCGCGCCCCAGGUGAAGGACAACUGCGUUGAGCUCUGCAAGCGUCUUGGCCUCAUCGGAAAGAUGAAUGGUACAUCUUCCUCGACUUCGACUCUUAAUGAUGAAUUUACUUGUCUCAUAUCUAAGGCGCAAUUCAUCAACCAUUUCAUUGAAAAUGGGCAGCCACUCGAUGCUAUAAGAUUGGCAUAUACUUUCAGUUUGACUGACAAAUAUCCUCCACUUACCAUCAUGAAUGAUUAUGUUGUGAAUGCCAAGAAGACUGCUGAAGACAUACUAAGCAAGGAAAGCUAUACAUUGGAGUCUCUGAAUCAAGCGAUGGCAAAGAAGGUUGAUGCUCUAAUAUUUUCAUGGAGCGCAGUUGAUGGGUGUGAUAUUGAUUCUGUUCAGCGUAAUAGCAUCAAGGCAGAAAUUACCCAGUUGUUACACAAGUAUGCAAACAAGCAGCAAAGUCUAGCAGCAGAAUUUUCAAGAGCAGUAUCAGCAGUGGCCACAAAUGCGACUGGUGGAACAGCAGAAGCAGCAGCGACAGCCACAUCAUGGACUGCAGCCAAAACCAGGAGAGAAACAGCACCAGCAGCAGAAGCCACAAAAGACGCAGCAUCGGCACAUUCAGAAUCAACAAGACCCGCAGGAGCAGGAAAUGUGGCAAAACCGGAAAAGGAGAGGACAAAACAAAAAGAAUCGCAAGAGGAAACAGCGCAGGCAGAAACUGCAGCAACAGAAUAA